AUGCCCUUCGAAUCUGCGGGCGAAUCCAGCACUAACAACCACCGGCCACGACCGCAACCGACGCCGCACCAGCACCGCGCCCGGCGACGACACGAGGAAGAAGAUGAGGAAGAUGAACUCUCUAUUUUGAGCUCUAGGCUCGUGUCUGAGUCGCAUGUCGACAUGUCGUCGAUCCCGCGAGAGUUCCUGCAGUCGUACCCGUACCCCGCGCUCGCGAUCAUUUGCAGUGGAGCGCCAGACCUUAACGGCGUGCCACCGACACACCUACCGAUAGCGUGCGCUCCACUUGCGAAACAUGCGAUCCCCGUGUGGACGAACCGGAGUUGGAAGGAGCUGUCGAGUGAUGGACAGCCGCUGCAGUUCCUCUCUGUCGAGGGUGGGCGGCGGCUACGCAACUGGUUGACAGCUCCUCGGAGAUUCGCACGAGAACCAUCGUUUACGAAGGACGCUGCCGAGAGUUCGACGUCCGGAAAAGCUGGGCACCGACAGGGCUCUGUCGAGAACGGCGACGCGGCGCUGACGAUAAGUGAGCGGGGCCACGGCGGACUGGAGAGCUCGAGCAUCCUGCUCGACUUUGCGUUUCCCUCCGGAGCGCAGCAGUUCGAGCUCACCAAGACGCUCACGCCGAUCUACAUUGUGCACCGCGGACAUCGGCAGAUUGUCGACAGCUACAACUUUGCCGUGAUCACGACUGUGCCGCGCGACCGCCUGCCGCCGAGCCCGAGGACGGAGAAGAUGACCCGCCCCUCGUCGAUCCCCGACAUGAAGCGCACGGCUAUGGACAACCGGAGACGAGACCGUGAGGUGCCCCUCGUGUCCGACCGACCACUAAGCACGCCAGCACUCGCCCCCCCACGAGCACUGCACUUCUCACGAGACGGUUCCGUCACUCAGAUGACAAGACCAUCACUGGACGCAACGGCGAACGGCAUUCCGCUAAGCGUCGAGGCCCUUCUGGAGAUGACGGACUGGAGCAAGACGUCUUUCGGUCCGAAAGAAGACUGGCCAGCAACUUUGCAGGUCAUGGUCAACUUUGUCAUGUUCUUCCCGCACGCAGCUAGUAUCUGGUGGGGAAAGGAGCGCUGCGUCAUUUACAACCAGCGAUACGCCGAUAACUCUGGUCGUCCCUGGGACCUCUCGCGGACAUUGUCGGCGGCGGCACGCCCAUCGCCAAGGAUGACGUUCCGCGAUGUGCAGGGCAACCUGCGCGAGACGUACCGGUGUCAAGUGUUUGUCCCGCUCAAGGGUGAGAACGGAGCCUUCGGCGGCGUCUUCCACGGCACAAUGGACACGACAAAGAAGGUCAUCAUGGAGCGGCGGAGUGCGCUCCUGCGCGAGAUAGCGGAGCGUAUCGGCCCCACGCGGACGAAAGACGACUUUACGGCGAACCUUCUCGAUACGUUACGCGCUCACCCGAAGGAUGCGCCGUUUGCGCUCGUGUUCAACGUUGAGCAGCUGUCUGAGCCACCGAAACCGCAACGGCGGUAUGUCGGCACGCUCGUGGACGAUCAGAGCUCGGAGACGUCGACGCCGAAUCUGAUUGUGCGAAUGCGAUACGCCGGCGGUGUCGGUGUUCCGAAAGGUCACCCCACAGCGCAGUCCUUCUCCCUCGACCUCCCGUCGACAAUGACCGACCCAAGCGAGGCGAUGAUCACCGAAGCGUUUUCCAACCUCCCUUCGUCUGCGGCGCCGGCGUCGUAUUCGCGCCAGCCCUCGGCUGCACCGACCUCGACAACGCAGACAAAAGACAGCGCGCUCUCUGCGUCCAUGGCGUCUCUGACUAUGAACUCGGAGACGGCACAGCCACUGUCCUGGCCGCUGCAGGAGGUGCUCCGAACACAGCGCCCGUUGCUCCUCGAGGACUGCUCGCAGUACAUCAAGGGCUACAGCAUUCGUGUCUGGAACGAGCUCCCGCAGAGCGCCAUUCUGAUUCCUCUGUCGCGCAACUCCGCCCGCCUCCCGCCGUCCAUUCUUGUGCUCGGUAUCUCCUCGCGUCUGUCGUGGGACAAGGACUACGAGGCGUUCAUCAGCUCCCUCCGUUUGCAACUGGCCCUCGCAUGCCACAACGUGUCGUCUUACCAGAACGACGUGCGCCGCCUCGAGGAGCUCGCCGCGCUCGACCGCGCCAAGAACCUCCUGUUCAACAAUGUGUCACACGAGCUGCUCACGCCACUAAGUCUUGUGAACGGACCACUGGAUGAUCUUGCGUCCGACGUCGAGCUCGACGGCCCGCGACUGCAGCUGAUCAAGCUAGCCCGACGAAAUGUCCGCAACGUGACCCGCCUCGUGACGAUGCUGCUGGAUCUGAGCAACCUGGAGGCAUCGCAGCUGAAGGGUGCCUUCCGCUCUGUCAACCUGGGCGCGGUGACGCGCGAUGUCGCCAACCUCUUCCGCUCAUCAGCGGAGAAGGGCAACCUCAGCCUCACGAUCGACAUUGACGAGACGCCGCGCGACACGUUCGUGAUUCGGGAGAAGUGGGAGAAGAUCCUGUUCUCCAUCAUUGCGAAUGCGAUCAAGCACACGCGAGCGGGCUCUGUGCACAUCUCGCUCAAGUACGAGGGUGCCGAGGCCGUGUUCGCCGUCAAGGACACGGGCAGCGGCAUUGCCGCCGCGAACCUGGAGGAGAUGAACGAGAACUUCUUCAGCAACGCCGGUGGCGGCAAGUACGCCCCCGGUACGGGUAUUACGCUCAUGUUCAUCAACAAGUUCAUCGAGAUCCACCGUGGCCAGCUUGAUGUCACGAGCACGACGGCCGCGGAGAGCGGAGGCGAGCACGGGAGCACGUUCACCGUGCGCAUUCCGCUCGGCAAUGCGCAUCUGCCGCCUGGUGCUGUCGAUGUCGCCUACAGCAUCAGCCCGAUGGACAAUUUCCGCCGCGGCGUCGUGGAGCAGGUUCGGCAGUGGCACCGACAAUGGGAGGCGAGUCUCUUCGCGGACGAACUGUUCGAUGACGAAGCUGCAUCCAUCCCGCGCGUUCGGUCGCUCAACCCCGGCGUCAUGCUGUUCAAGAAGGACGACGUCGUGCUUGUUGUUGACUCGAACGCCGAAAGCCGCGCGUUCCUCCGCUCCGUCUUCGCACCAUACUGCAAGGUUGUCGAGGCUACCGAUGGCAAAGAUGCUCUCGAGCGCGUGGACGGCAUUGCUCCCGACCUAAUUGUGAUUGAUGCCCUCCUGCCGCAAGUGUCGGGGCACGACUUUGUUCGUGCCAUGCGCACUGGCCAGGUCAUGCGGAAGACGACGCCGAUCAUGGUCCUCACUGUCAACGAUGACAGGCAUAGCAACCAGGAAGGCGCUGAUGACUAUCUCGCGAAGCCGUUUAACCCGCAAGAGCUCAUCGCACGAGCGAGCUUACAGAUGCAGCUUGGCAAGAAGCGCCGAGAGCUCGAGUCGCUCUUCGAUGAGCGCCUGCAGGAGCUCCGCCUUCUCACCGACCACUCGCCCGUUGGCAUUUUCCGGUGCACGCCGGAGGGCUUCGUGUCCUACGUGAACCAAUCGUGGUGCGACAUCUCGGGGUACCCGACAAAUCGCGACGUGACGAACUGGGGCGACUACAUCAUCCCUGAGCACCAGCGCAUGGUGAUGCAGAUCUGGGAGGGCUUCGUGUCCUCCGGCCAUGACAUGGCGACAGCCGAGUGGCAGUGGAACAACGGCCGUUGGGUGUCGACCAAGGUCGUGCGUCUGGAGAACAUUGCGCCGAACGCGCCGCCGGGCUUCAUCGGCUGCGUCAUCGAUAUCACGGAGCGCAAGCUCAACGAGGAGCUGCAGCGGCAGCGCGUCGUCGAGGCUGAGCAACGGCGUGUCGAGGCCGAAGAGGCGAAGCACCAACAGGAGCUGCUCAUCGACAUUACCUCGCACGAGAUCCGCAACCCUAUCAGCAGCCUGAUGCAGUGCUCGUCGCUCGUCAAGACCAACCUGCAGGUGCUGCAGGAGGAGGUCAAGAGCGCACUCGAGGAGGGCCGUCCCCUGAUGCCCACGCCGCAGUUGCUGGUCACGAUGAACGAGGAUCUCGACGCCCUCGACUCGAUCUACCAGUGCGGCUUGACGCAGGAACGUAUCUCGAACGACGUGCUUUCACUCGGCAAGAUUCAGCUCGACGCGCUGCAAAUGUUCGACACGGAAACCAUCGUGCGCAAGGAGGCCAAGGCUGUCCUGUCCAUCUUCCAGAACGAGGCGCGCAUCAAGCGUAUGGAGCUGAACCUCAACAUGUCGCCUGCGUUUGAGGAGCUCGGCAUUACGGCCGUCAUGACCGAUCCCGUCCGCCUCGGACAGGUCAUGACGAACCUCAUGUCGAAUGCGGUCCGUUUCACGUCCAAGAGCCGGAACCGUCGUGUCGACCUAUCGGUCGAUGUGGGACUUGACCCCCCGCCUCUGGGCACCUGUGCGAAGCCGACGCCGUCGCGGGACACUGGAACCGUCAAGAUUGGCCCUGAGACGCCCGUCUACCUCUACAUCAGCGUGAAGGACACUGGUCCCGGUCUGACUGCCGCCGAGCUCGAGCUGCUGUUCCAGCGGUUCUCGCAGGCGUCAGCCAAGACGCACACAGUGUAUGGCGGCAGCGGUCUCGGUCUCUUCGUCUGUCGCAAGAUCACCGAGAGGCUGAAUGGCCGCAUCGAGGUUGUCUCCGAGCUCGGACAGGGCAGCGAGUUCCGCUUUUUCAUCAAGACCCGGCCCUGCAUCAAGGUCGAGGACCCGGCACCAGCGAAGCGGGAGACGAUCCACUCUCAGCUGCGCGUCCUCAUCGUGGAAGACAACCACAUCAACCUGCGCGUUCUGUCCCGGCAGCUGAAGCACGUUGGCAUGGACGUGGACAAUGCGCCCAACGGCCUGGCCGCACUCAACAUGAUCCGGCAAGCGAUGGCCAAGCCCGGCAUCGACUUUGCGACCUUCUCGCCCCAAUUCAGCGCGAACAACAUCCCCCUCUCCUCGCCUUUACCGGCCACCGAUCUACCGCCGGGAGGCUACGUCUUCGGCGGCCCCGAACCGGGCCCUAGGCGCCAGCAUCCUCUCCAGUCUCCGCUCGGCGGUCUGCCCUCUUCUCCGCCCGAAUCACCCCCCAUGGCCCGCUCAGAGCCCUACGACUGUAUCCUGAUGGACCUCGAGAUGCCCGUCAUGGACGGGUAUACUGCGGCGUCGCACGUGCGCGCAGACCAGGCGAGCGGGAAGAUUGGCCGCGUGCCCAUCGUCGCGCUGACAGGUAACGCGCGACAGGCGCAGAUCGACGGCCAGAUGGCGGACUUUGACGAUGUCGUCGUCAAGCCGUAUCGUCUCGACGAUCUCUUGCGGAAGAUUGAGAAGAACGCGAGGAUCGUGCGGGAGGAGAACGAGAGUGAGGAGGAGAGGAGGUCAAUGGAGUCGGGGAGCGUCGGGUAA